GUUGCGCAAAUACUUGCUAGCGCUGCGGAGGCGCUGAGCGUGUGUGUGAGUGUGUGAGUGUGUGAGUGUGUGUGUGUGUGUGUACACACAUACACAUACAUCGUAUUCGGCUGCAGCGCGGGGGCGGUACACGGCAUUAGAAGGCGCCGGAAGUGUCGGUGUUGAGGGGCGGCGAGAGAAGGGCCACCACGGCCAGCCAGUCAGUAGCGCUCCAGCUCAGCGAGAGGCGAGACUCGCAUCCGCCGCGUCCCGAGUCCCCGGCCCAGCCGGGCUUUUCUCUCCGGCCGGACAUGGACUUCAGGGAAAUCCUCCUGAUCGCUUCCAAAGGACAAGGUGUCAACCACGUACCGAAAAGGUACAGUUUGGCGGUGGGGCCUCCGAAGAAAGACCCAAAAGUGAAAGGUGUCCAGUCAGCAGCCGUUCAAGCUUUCCUUAGGAGGAAAGAAGAGGAGCUUAGACAAAAAGCCUUGGAAGAGAAAAAAAGGAAAGAAGAACUAGUGAAAAAGCGAAUUGAGCUCAAACAUGACAAAAAAGCAAGAGCUAUGGCCAAGAGGACAAAGGACAAUUUUCAUGGUUACGAUGGGAUUCCUAUUGAGGAAAAGACAAAGAAGAAGCAGGUGGUGGAAAGCCACCUGAGCCAGGGGACUGAUCAGGAGUAUGAUGUGGAGGAGGAAGACUUCAUAGACUACAAUCAUGCCGAGCUGGACCAAGACUAUGAGGAGGAGCAAGAGCCUCCCAAGGUUGAAAGCAAACCAAAGGCCCCCCUUAAAAGUGCCCCAUCACCCAUGAACUUCACUGACUUACUGCGGUUAGCUGAGAAGAAGCAGUUUGAACCAGUGGAGAUCAAGGUAGUGAAGAAAGCAGAAGACCGGCCCCUGACUGCAGAGGAACUGAGGGAGCGAGAGUUUCUUGAACGAAAGCAUAGGAAAAAGAAACCUGAACCCGAUGCUAAACUACCUCCACCGGUGUUGAAAAGGGCACCCUCUCAUAAAGACAUCAUGGGUAUAAAGCCCAGCAGGGGUGCUGGGGACAGGCAGCUUGCUCCCAAAGGAGUGCCCCUUCCUCCUGCUGAGAAGAAAUUCAGACCCAGCACAGCCAGUGAGAAACAAGUAGCUUUGUCUUCACCCAAAUCCCUGCCAGGCGAGAGGCCCAAGGUAGGAGCUGGCAGCAGCGCCCAGCCCUCACUUCGGGAGGGUCACAACAGGCCUGUCUUCAGUGGGGCUGGAAAGUCCCACCCCAGCACCUGUUCACCAAGUGUCCCAAAGACUCCUGCUAGCGGGACUCAGAAAUCUGCUUCUGAGCACAAAGCCAAAAACCCUCUUCCUUCUCAUCCGAGCCAUUCCAAGCCUGGGCCCACGCUUCUCCCACACAGCAAAGCUAAGAGUCCAGGUGUCAGACAGCCAGGCAGCAACUCUGGCCCUACUCCUGGGCAGCCUAACCCAGGGACAGCUCGACCCACACUUAGUUCUGGCUCUGGGCCCAGGCGCCAGAAUGGCAGCUCCAUCUCAGGACCUGAGCAGUCUGUCAGUGGGAUCAGAAAGCUGGCCAGCAGUUCACAUCCCUCUGGACGAACACUCAAUGGCACAAAUGGUUCUGGACGACCUGCAAGCAGCUCAAGUGGCCCUGGGCGACCCAUCAGUGGGUCUGCUGGUUCCGGGAGACCUGUGGGCAGUUCUGGAGGCCCCAGGCAGCCUGUGAGCAGUCCACAUGACCUUCGACGACCAAUGAACAGUCUUAGCUCUCCUGGGCGGGCAGUCAGUGGUCCUGGGAGAUCCAUAAGUGGUUCCAUUCCAGCUGGACGAACUGUUAAUCCAGGCCCUGGAAGACCAGUGAGCAGCUCAGGACCUGGACGAGCAGUUAGUAACCCAGGCCUCCCCACAAAGCCCAGAUGCACUGUUGUCUCAGAAACAAUUUCUUCUAAGAAUAUUAUUAGUCGGUCAAGUAAUGGACAGAUAAAUGGAAUGAAACCUCUCCUCUCUGGCUACAGACCUGCUCCAGGUCCUCAGAGGCUUCCCUUCCCUACUGGCUACAAAAGGCCUCGAGAGUAUGAAGAUGAUGAUGAUGAUGAAUAUGACUCAGAAAUGGAUGAUUUCAUCGAAGAUGAAGGAGAACCUCAGGAAGAAAUAUCCAAGCACAUUCGAGAAAUCUUUGGCUAUGACCGCAAAAAAUAUAAAGAUGAAAGUGACUAUGCCUUACGUUACAUGGAGAGCAGUUGGAAGGAGCAGCAGAAGGAAGAAGCCAAGAGUUUAAGACUUGGUAUGCAAGAGGACUUAGAGGAAAUGAGGCGUGAAGAGGAGGAACUGAAACGUCGAAAGGCCAAAAAGCUGAAGCGACACUAGCUGCUGCUGCUGUGGAUUCUGGGAGGGACACUGCAAGGAUCGCCUGCCUUCAGACUGAGCAAGCCUCUUCCUGGCUUAGAUUCACACAUGGGCACGCAAGACGAAGGAAUACGUACUGUCGUUUGCAGGCUAUCAUUUGAGUGUACAGUGUUUUCAAAUAGUCCAGGGUGGAACCUAUAAUGGAGAUAAGAUGCUGGCCAUGUGCUCUGUGAAGUUAGCCAUUCACAGGUGCCGGCCUUGAUCCUGAUGAGCUAUGCACACUAAUGUGGGACCACUCACCAGUCAGCUGAUCAUUGUUCCUUUGCUACUUCAAAAGGAGAAAGAUUGAUGUGUGAGUAGGGUACCACCCAGAUCGCAGUCUGACUUGUCCUUAGGAAGGGCCUGGCCCUUCUGUGAAUGCUGCCAGCAAUAAAGUGACCUGUCCUAGUCUAUGUUUGAAUUGAAAACCCAGGAAAGAGUAGGCUUUAUAGAUAUUAUAUUAGUCUCAUCCUUGUGACUUUGACACAAAAUAGAAUGAAUUAUAUUGUAUUUAGCUUAUUUGUGGAUUGGAUGCUAAGCAUUCUUAAUUGAUCUUAGGUAAUAAAAGUUUUAAGUUAAAAUACAAAUUUUGCCAGAACAAGAAUGUUCUUUUCCAGUUUUCCUUUCAUGCUUUCUGUUAUGUUGAUUUUACAUGAAGUAGAUGAGAGGGCCUUUACUAUAUGGUGAUUGUUUUUUGUUUGUUUAAUUCCUUCUUAUAUUAAAGAAAGAUGGUUAUUCAGAUAUUAGAUAUUUGAAAGGGUAGUUUAAAAAUUAGCAAGCAACAUAUAUUUUGGCCCCUUCUGCUUUAUUCUCCCCCAUUACAAUGCUAUUGGGGACCCUAAGGUGCCCCUGUACCUCUUGAUGUUAAUAACAUUGCAUUUUUAGCUUAAGUUCCUUAGAAAAUGUUAAUGACCAAAAAGCCAAAUGUUUAGUGUAUCAGGAAUACCACCUUCUCUUUGUCCGCGUUGCACUUUUAUUUCUAACUAUGCACUGUGAAGAGAAUGUUUCCUGUUGGUGUGAAACCUUCUUAAGUUCUAUCCUGCUUAAAGCCAGACCUACAGAUUUAAUGCCAUUUCAACCUGGAGUCCAUCCAGGCUGAUGUAUGGUCUGGCUGGAAGGAAGCCAUGUCUCAAGGACAGUCAGCAACAGAAAAUGAAAUAACAUGCUAGAGACUAGUGUGGAGGGUUGGGAGCAGCCAGAAUUUGGAUUGUGGGACAAUCCACAAUGUAUCUGGCUUUCUUAAACUGUUAAGCCAUGAGGGGUGGGAAGCCGGAGAGGCUAUCCUACAAAGAAUUCUUACUUUUCAACAGGUCCAGACUUUAUGCAUUUGUCCAUGAUGUCUUCAUUCUUAAGCUUGAGUAUUAUGGGUAAUCAUGUUUUGCCUUCCUUUGUGGGACCAUUUAACCCAGUCCUUAAAACAAACUCGUUUUGAAUUGAGUUUCAAACUUUGAGAAAGUGCAAGGGUUUAAUUUGAGAGGGUAUGGAACACUUCUAACUCUAUGUAGGUCUUUAUACACUGGUAGCAAAAAGUCUAUUAACUUCCCUUUCCUUAGCCCAUGGUUAAUAUAAAGGGAGUAAUAUUCCACUUGAUAAGUAGGUUUGGAACAUUGUUAUUGCUAUCGCUUGUGUGCUUCCCCGCAUCUGUGGUUUUCAUAUUCAUACUCUGGAAUCUGUCAUUGCGGUCAGAGUUACUGGUGGCUGAAAGUUUACUGUACUCAAUUUCAGGGUGCAGCUGUUUGCACAGAAAGGCACCAUUGUGCUAGAUUAAAGUUUCAGAACUUGGUAGAGUGAGGUUGUAAUCUCUCAUGUAUGAAUGCACUUCUGUAACAGACAUGCAUCAACUUUUACAUAAGUACUCUUGUGUGGCUCAUUAAAAAAACACAGGAAAGAUUGUAAGUCCAAAUCAUGUCUUCCAUUUUGCUCUUCUGUAUUCCUUGACCACUUAGAAAAAGUUCACAAGCCUUUGAAGAAACAGCAGCAGGCUGUUACUGUUUUCAAGGUUUACAAAUUAAGUGCUUGACUUUUAAUGUAUUCUCUCUACUGUUUUGAUUUUCAGAUUUUGACUCAAUAUUUGAAGAUGUGCCUUUUAUUGGGUGAUGUUAAUUCUGGAAUGUAGUGAUGUUGUUUCACAAUUGUAAUGUUACAUGAUCAUGGGUGUGACAUUCUCUAACAGAUUAUGCGAUAAGAAAGUCAUUUUCAUGGAACUCAUGGCUCUGGUUGCACAGUCCCCUUGCUAAAGCAAAGGGCACUCUUUUAAGGCUACUUCAGAACUGGUCUUUGUAUUUUCUCUAAGCAAUGGAUGUAAUCGUGUCCAUUUAGAGGGUACAUGUCACAGGCAGCCCUACGUGUGUGCCAUGAGAAAGUUCAAAGACUAACAAAGUCUACAGGAACUCAAAAUUUCAUUUUUGUAAUGGUAACCCCCAAGAUUUUCUCCAAGAAAUAAAUUAUUUUGUAUUUUAUAACUUAAAAGCAGCUAGUAGUGCAUUUCCGAGCUAUAGCAGGAGACCAAAACGUUUGUCGAAAGAGAAGAAAUAUAUAAAGAGAAACUGGUUGUUUUAUUUUCAGUGUGCUGAUUAGACUAUUUAUUUUGUGAGUGAAUGUGGUGAAAUACAUAUUCAGGUGUUUACUGUGUGAUUAAGAGUAGAAUAUAGAUUUCUUUGGCAUUAUUAAAUCCAUGAUGUCUUUUACAUAAUGGACAAAUCAAGUAUGAAAGAAAAACACCUUGGCACAGCUCGGCUUGUCUCCUGGUGCUGCUGACCUGUAGAAGAGUUUACUUUUGCAUAUACAGGUGAAUGUUUUGCAAUUUAUGUAUACAAGAAAUUGUAGGCAUUAAAAUAUUUUAUUGAUA